GCGCUCGGUGCCCGGCGUUCCCCUGGCAUGGAGUGGGUGGUGUGGGCGCUGCGGCUGGUUUUGGGGAUCCUGACGGCCCCCGUGCACCUUCUGGGGGUGCUGGGGCUGUGGGCCCCGCUGUGCCAACGCUACUUCCCGCCCUGCAUGCGCUGGCUGUCGGCGCGGUACAACGAGGAGAUGGCGGGCACCAAGCGGGCGCUGUUCGGGGGCCUGCCCGGGCGGGCCCGCACCCCGGGCCGCCUGACCCUGCUGGAGCUGGGCUGCGGCUCCGGUGCCAACUUCGCCUUCUUCCCGGCCGGCACGGCCGUCACCUGCGUGGACCCCAACCCGGGCUUCGAGCGGCUGGUGCGGCGGAGCCUGGAGGCCCACCCGCACGUCCGCGGCCUGGCCUUCCUCCGGGCCAGCGCCGAGCGCCUGCCCCGGGUGCCCGACGCCUCCGUCGACGCCGUCGUCUGCACCCUGGUCCUCUGCUCCGUCUCCAGCCUCGGGGACGUCCUCCGGGAGGUCCGCCGCGUCCUCAGGACGGGAGGCGCCUUCUACUUCCUGGAGCACGUGGCCGCGGAGCCCAACACCUGGACGGCCUUCUGGCAGCAAGUCCUGGCCCCAACCUGGCGGCUGAUCUUCGACGGCUGCGACCUCACCCGGGAGACAUGGAAGGCCCUGGAGCGAGCCGGCUUCUCCGAGCUGCAGCUGCAACGAAUCCAGGCCCCGGUGAGCUGGAAGAUCAUCCGUCCGCACAUCGUGGGCUUCGCCGUGAAGUAGCCCCGUGACGUAGCCCGUCCCGGCCGCUUUCCAAGGGCCGCGGAAGUAGUCCGGGCGGCGGUGGGCCGGGAGGGGAGAUGCUCUGGUUCGAUCCAGCUGCUUGGAGACUGUGUGCACAGUUCCCGACAGACUAGCCAAUAAUUAGUGUGUUUAGUGAUUGCUGGAGCGCUGAGGUAAUAAUAAUAAUAAUAAUAAUGGCAUUUAUUAAGCGCUUACUAUGUACAAGGCACUGUUCUAAGCGCUGGGGAGGUUGUCCCAGGAAGGGCUCCCGCAGGGGUGCUCACAGGUGGAUAUCAGGGAGAUGACGCCUUGGUCGAUCCCCCCUUUUAGACUGUGAGCCCACUGUUGGGUAGGGACUGUCUCUAUAUGUUGCCAAUUUGGACUUCC